AGUCUGCACUGGGACCAGAGCAUGGUGCUCGCCUUCACCCUCAGCAUCCUGGGCUGCUCCACUCUGCUUCUGGCUGCUGCGAGUAAGCAGCAAGUCAGACAGCACCGAUGCCCAGUGCCACACAUCAAGAAUGGGAGGAGAGCUCCUUCUCGCUACGUCUUCUGGCCCGGGGACGCAGCACGCUUCACCUGCAACGCGGGCUACACCUUGCAAGGCUCCCACAUCAGUGUCUGCCAAGCUGACUUCAGCUGGAGCCCCCCUUUGCCGGCGUGCAAAAAGGGGGUGAUGUGUCCUCAGCCCCCGAACAUCGCCAACGGGCUGCACAGCGGCCAAUCCAUGGACAAAGUUCUCCCAGGAGCAGUUGUGAACUACAGCUGCAAGGAUGGCUUUGAGCUGGUGGGGAACGUCUCCAUCAGCUGCUCGGAAGCGGGGCGCUGGAGCCGGCCCCUGCCCCGCUGCCAAGCCAUCGGCUGUCAGAGUCCCACGGUGCACAACGGGAAGUUGCAGGCGCCGAAGGACACCUACGAGGCUGGGGAGAUGCUGUGGUUUGACUGCAACCCUGGGUAUGCUGUAGAGGGCAGCCAUUGGGCUCAGUGCCAGCCUGGGGGGAGCUGGGACCCACCAGUGCUCAGAUGCGAGCGGGUCCAGCCGUGCCCCGUGCCUCCGAGGAUCAGCAAUGGAGAUCAUGACGGCCACGGCACAGCAGAGUUCACCAUGGGGAUGUAUGUGACGUACACUUGCAACCUCGGCUACUACCUGGCUGGGAAUGUUGAACGUGUGUUUUGCAAAGCAUCGGGGAAAUGGAGCCAGCCCAGCCCACGCUGCGAAGAAGUGACGUGCCCUCAGCCACCAAACAUCGCCAAUGGGCUGCACAGCGGCCGCUCCUCUGCCAGGUUCCGGUAUGGCACCGUUGUGUACUACAGCUGCAAGGAUGGCUUUGAGCUGGUGGGGAACGUCUCCACCAGCUGCUCGGAAGUGGGGCGCUGGAGCCGGCCCCUGCCCCGCUGCCAAGCCAUCGGCUGUCAGAGUCCCACGGUGCACAAUGGGAAGUUGCAGGCGCCGAGGGACACCUACGAGGCUGGGGAGAUGCUGCAGUUUGACUGCAACCCUGGGUAUGCUGCAGAGGGCAGCCAUCGGGCUCGGUGCCAGCCUGGGGGGAGCUGGGACCCACCAGUGCUCAGAUGUCAGCGGGUCCGCCCCUGCCCCAUGCCUCCGAAGAUCAGCAAUGGAGAUCACAACCGGCACGGUGAAGCCUUUUUCACCGCGGGAAUGUCUGUGACAUACAGCUGUGAUCCCACCUUCUACCUGGUUGGGAAUGCACACGUGGUUUGUAGAGCAUCAGGGACCUGGAGCCAGCCCAGCCCGCGCUGUGAAGCAACUAUCUGCUUGAAGCCGGAUAUACAGGAUGGGUGGAUAGUCGAUGAUCAGGGGCUCAUCUAUGCACCGGGGCAAAUGGUGACGUUUAAGUGCCAGGAAGGCUACAGCCUGCAGGGCAGUGCCAAAGCCCUGUGCCAGGAGAACGGCAGCUGGGACCCCCCAGUGCCCCUCUGCGAACCACUCCACAGCCCCACGCUGCCCAGAAGGGCUGACCGCUCAGGUGGCUGUGGCGUUCCCACCAGGCUGACCUUUGCUGAGCUCAAUGAGGAGCACAGAAAUGAGAUUGAUUUCUCUGUCGGGAAGACUGUGGGAUACACCUGUCGGCCCGGAUUUGCUAAGCACCCAGGAAUGUCACCCACUAUUACAUGCCUGCAGGGCGGAGUGUGGUCAGAAGCACUCGAGUUCUGUAAAAGGAAACAGUGCAAUCACCCCGGGGAACCCGAGAACGGCCGCAUUACAGCCCUGGCAGAUCUCUUCUUUGGGUCAACAGUGGUCUACAGCUGUGAGGAAGGGCACAGGCUGAUCGGGCAGUCCAGCCGGCGCUGUGAGAUCUCGGGGGGACGCGUUGCAUGGACUGGUGACAUUCCCAUCUGUCAGCGUAUCCCCUGUGAGCCCCCCCCUAACAUUCCCCAUGGGAAGCACACAGGGCGGCUGCUGGAUGAGUUCCUCUAUGGCACCUCCAUCACCUACAGCUGCGAGCCCGGCUACCCGCUGCGUGGGGCUGCCUCCAUCUUCUGCACCACCCAUGAUGGGAAAAACGGGGUGUGGAGUGGCCCCCCCCCACUGUGCGGAGAAGCAGGAUGCUCUGCCCCUCAAAUCCAGAAUGGGAGGAUAGUGCCAGCUCCUCGGAGCACCUACGCACACAAGGACACUGUCACCUUCGAGUGCGAGCCAGGCUACGUCAUCCGCGGCCCCAAAGUGGUGCAGUGCCAGCAGAACAACACCUGGCAGCCCCCAGUGCCCACCUGCGAGCAAGCUGGCUGCAGGGCACCCCCCAGGCUGGUGUUUGCUGAGCUGAAGGAGCCCUACAGGAACCAGACUGCCUUCCCCGUGGGUGGGACUGUGGAGUACACGUGCCAGCCUGGCUAUGCCCGGCACGUGGGGAUGUCACCAACCAUCACAUGCCUCGGGAAUCAGAGCUGGUCUGUGGCACUGGAGUUCUGCAAAAGGAAGCAAUGUGAGAAUCCUGAGGACCCACAGAAUGGCAGAGCUGUGGUCCUGACCGACCUCCUCCUUGGGUCCAAAGUGAAUUACACGUGUGAUGAGGGGUACAAGCUGAUUGGGCAUUCGCAGAGGACAUGCGAGGUCUCUGGCACACACGUUGCAUGGAGCGGGGAUGCUCCCAUCUGCCAUCGUAUUGUCUGUGACCCACCCCCGGACAUCCCACAUGGAACACACAGUGGGGGAUUGAUGGAUGUCUUCCCCUACAUGACCGUGGUCACCUACACAUGUGAGCCGGGCCGUGUGUUGGCCGGAACAGCCUCCAUCUUCUGCACCACGGUGGAUGGGAAGCGUGGUGCGUGGAGCGGGCCGCCGCCACGCUGCGGAGAGGUGCAGUGUCCUCCCCCUCCAAGCAUCGCCAACGGGAAGCACAGCAGCCAGCCCUCGGACACAUUCCUGCCUGGUGCAGCUGUUCAGUACACCUGUAAGGAUGGCUAUAUGCUCACUGGGAAUGCAUCCAUCACCUGCACUGCUGCAGGAACCUGGAGCUGGCCCCAGCCACGCUGUGAAGUGGUGCAGUGUCCUUCCCCUCCAAAUAUCACACACGGUCAGUACAGCAGUGAGGAUGUGAGAGUGUUUAUCCCUGGAACCUCUGUGAGGUACAAAUGUGAACCAGGGUAUGUCCUCACGGGGAAAACAGCACUGACUUGUUUGACAUCUGGAGUGUGGAGCAUCCCUUACCCGCAGUGCAAAGCGGUCACCUGCAUGAGCCCUAGCAUUAAGCACGGAGAAGUGGCUGAAGGACAGCAAGCUGUCUACCACCCCGGCACCAUCAUCACCAUCCGGUGCCACCCAGGUUACAUGCUGCGGGGCAGCCAGGAGCCCAAGUGCCACUCCGAUGGCCGCUGGGUCCCCUCUGUCCCCAGCUGCGAGCCAGCGCUGCCUUGCCCUCCGCCACCCACCAUUGCCCAUGGCAUACAUGAUGCUGAGCUCGGGGCCAACUUCACCAGUGGAAUGUCUGUGAACUACAGCUGCCAGCCCGGCUUCUCCCUGCUUGGAGACCCCUCCAUCCAGUGCAUGGAAGGGAGCUGGAGCCUCCCAUACCCACGCUGUGCAGUUGGAUGUGGGACACCAACAGUGUUACAGUUCGCUGAGCUAAGCAAGGAGUAUAAGAAUUGGACUGAGUUUCCAGUCGGGACCACAGUGAAAUACACCUGCCAGCCAGGAUACGCCAGGCAUUCACAGACACCACCCACUAUUACGUGCCUUAAAAAUCAGACGUGGUCUGAAGCCAAGAAGUUUUGCAGACGAAGAAGGUGUGAUCAUCCAGGAGAACCAGAAAAUGGCAGACUCAUUGUUACAACAGAUCUCCUCUUCGGAUCAACAGUGAAUUACACCUGUGAAGAAGGGUACAGGCUAGUUGGAGCAUCCCAGCGGCACUGUGUGGUUUCGGGCUCUGGGACACGAGUGACAUGGACUGGGGACGUUCCCACCUGCCAGAGUAUCGUUUGUGAUCCACCCCCCGACAUCCCGCAUGGAAUGCACAGUGGGCACUCGAUGGAUGCCUUUCCCUAUGCAGCUGUGGUCACAUACAUGUGUGAGCCUGGCCAUGUGCUGGCUGGGACAGCCUCCAUCUUCUGCACCACGGUGGAUGGGGAGCACGGUGCCUGGAGCGGACCACCACCACACUGUGGAGGGGAGCUGUGUCCUUCCCCACCAGUGAUUGACCAUGGCCAGCAUGAUGGCAAGGAUGUGGACUUCAUCCCUGGGAUGUCUGUAAAUUACAGCUGUGACCCUGGCUAUUCUCUUACUGGAAAAGCAGCUCUGUACUGUACUGACAAUGCAAGCUGGAGCAGCCCUCAGCCCCGCUGUGAAGUGCUACAGUGUCCUUCGCCUCCAAAUAUUGAUGGAGGCAAUCACAGCAGCCAGGAUGUGGAAGUUUUCUUUCCUGGGAUGGCUGUGAACUACAGCUGUGAUCCUGGCUACAGCCUGCUGGGGGAGGGAUCCAUUUACUGCACCGAGUCUGGAAACUGGAGCCUGCCCACUCCUCAGUGUGAAGGUAGCUGCGGUGCUCCUCCGACACUCAGCUAUGCUGAGCUGGCCAAGGAGCACCAGAACAUGACAGCCUUUCCCGUUGGGAGCACGGUGCGCUACGCCUGCCGCCCAGGAUUCAUGAGACACCCCACAGUGCUGCCAGCUCUGACGUGCCUCAAAAACCACACGUGGUCUGAUGUGCGAGCGUUCUGCAAAAGGAAAGAAUGUAAUUAUCCAGAAGCACCACAGAAUGGCAGAGUUGUUGUUCUGACAGAUCUCCUGUUCAGGUCCAUCGUGAACUACACAUGUGAAGAAGGGUACCGGCUGGUUGGACAGUCCCUGAGGCGCUGCGAGCUUUCUGGAGCAGAUAUUGCAUGGAGUGGUGAUGCUCCCACCUGUCAGAAGGUGGUGUGUCCAGUGCCACAGAUCCAGAAUGGGAGAGUAUCCAUUCCCAAACAGCGCUACAGAUACAAGGACACUGUUAGCUUUCAGUGCCAUGAAGGGUUCGUGCUGAAAGGCCAUUCCAUGGCCCAGUGCAAAGCUGACAAAACGUGGGAUCCUCCUGUGCCCAUCUGUGAGCAGGUGGUAAAGUGUCUACCUCCUCCAAGCAUCAUCAAUGGGGAACACAGUCAUUUCUCAGACACUUUUGGUGUAGGUGCAAUCGUGCACUACCGCUGCAAACCGGGCUUCUUCCUCACUGGCAAUGAGUCCAUCCGCUGCACACCGCAUGGGGUCUGGAGCCGUCCUCUACCUCAGUGUGAGGCUGGCUGUGUGAGCCCAGGAAUUGGGCAUGGAAAAGUGAUUGGAUGGGAACCUCUCUACAUGCCUGGAAACAUCAUCACAAUUGAAUGCAACACUGAUAAUAUCUCAAAAGUCCUCCACAAGUCCCAGUGCCGACCUGGGGGCACAUGGUUUCCUCCACUCCCUGCCUGUGACGGAGUGCUGCACUGCUCCAAGCCCCCAGAUAUCCUCCAUGGGGGCCACAGUGGCCUGGGAAAAGCAGUUUUCACUCCUGGAACAUCUGUAAACUACAGCUGUGAGACUGGCUUCUCCCUCAUUGGAAUGGCAUCCAUUUACUGUACAGAAUCUGGAGCCUGGAGCCAUCCUUCUCCUGUCUGUCAAGUGGUGAAGUGUCUUCACCCUCCAGCUAUCACCAAUGGGAAGCUCCAAGGCAACACUUCAGACACUUUUUUCUAUGGAGUAUCUGUGUCCUACAGCUGUGAUUCUGGUUAUUCACUCACUGGGGAUGCUUUCAUCACCUGCACAGCAUCAGGAACCUGGAGCCCUCCUCCUCAAUGCAAAGAGAUCAGUUGUGUAUUCCCUGAAGUUCAAGGCGUUAAGAAAACCACGGCUGGAAAAACAUACAGAUUUGGGACUAACAUCACUCUUGAAUGUGAUGACGGGUACACGUUGGAAGGCCUCAGUCAGAUUCAGUGCCAGGAGAACUUCAGCUGGGACCCUCCCGUGCCAGCCUGCAAACUCACUUCACCCAGGUCUGGCUCAGUAGGGCUAGGAAUUGCAGCUGCAGUCGUUCUGCUUCUCCUGGGUGUGACCAUUGGCUGGAAAAUUAUCUCUAAGAAGAAGGAGGGCUACUACCGUACAUAUGAAAACUACAAUUACAAAACCUCUCUGGACUAGAUGACAGGACAGAAACGUUCACGUCUUGCACGGCAGGCUGUGCCCUGUGCUGCCCACAACCGGCAUUCGAGGCGUCCCCCCACGCGUGGAAGCACUGCUCACGUUGGGACUGAACCAAAAGAAAGCACUUUAACACGGAAUCAACAUUCAUGCCCCUUCUGCUCCGUUAAUUAAAUCACUCUAAGGGCCCGACGAAGCUCAAGCUGUACAGAAGCCCAUCAGAGGACUUCAUUCCUGCACUGCACCUGUCCCAUUCUCUGCAAACCCCGAGCUAAGGGAGAGCCAAAGCGUUCCUGUGUGUGAAGGCAGCAGUGAAUGCUCCGUGUCCCACCCCAGCGCUGCUGAGCUCCUAUGAACGCUUCACCCAAUAAAACCUGAAGGCAGGAUGGCA